GCAGCGCGCGCAGGUGAGGCCAGUAGAACUGGAUUGACAGGUUUUGUGUGUUUUUUUUGGCCCCCAAAGAUUUAAAACUCACAAGGAACUUGGCGAAGGUUUUCAUUUUUUUCUCCCUCAAGUAAACUGGGCGGAACUUUUCUGCUCAUAAACUCCACCACACAAACAAAGAUCCAAAAGGAAGGACGGAAGGAAGGAAACAAGGAAUCUUGACAAGUAGUCUCGCUGUCGUCUGGAAUCCUAAAGUACUUUUUUAAACGACACGUCAUGGAUCGGUACGGAGACCUGAACUUGGAGUGUGAUGGAGGAGACGUCGCCGAAAAAGGAGGCAUGUUCAAGGGAAGGUUCAAGAAGACUCCUAAAUCGUCCAAGGAAGCGCAACCACAACAAGUGACGCUCUUGCAGCAAAAUCAAGACAUUUCAUCUAGUAACGACAGCUUGGACGGCAAAUCUUCCAAGGAGAAGAAGGAGAAGUUAGAAGGCUCCAAAGAAAACCUUGCAGAGAAACACAAAUCCAAACAGAGUGGCUUCAGUGCUUUGAUGAACACCUUCUCCUUUGACAAGCAGGAGAAGGAAAAUACAGACGCUGAUGUAGAGGAGACAUUGGACAAUGCAGAGAACCAGGCCAGCUACAAACAGAGCAAACUAGCAGGAGCGAUGUCCAAACUAAAUAUAUUUAAAAAUGAAAAUAAAGAGAAGCAGAGUGACUUUAGCGAUGAGGACACGGCCGCGAGCAGUGACAAGACAUCCUCUCACAAACAGGUGACGCUCUUGCAGCAAAAUCAAGACGUUUCAGCUAGUAACGACAGCUUAGAUGGCAAAUCUUCCAAGGACAAAUCAAGCGUGUUGGGUGGGAUUUUUAAACGACCUUACAAAAAGGGACACGCCCGCAGGCCCUCGCAGGAUCUUCUGGAUAUUGAUUUUUCUGCUAGCAACAACAAUGACAAUGAGAGCACCAAGGACAAUUUGACAGAGGACAAUGAAGUAUCUGCCAACAGCGACAGUCUUACAGAGAAGACAGCAAAGGACAAAUCAAGCGUGUUCGGUGGGAUUUUUAAACGACCUUACAAAAAGGGACACGCCCGCAGGCCCUCGCAGGAUCUUCUGGAUAUUGAUUUUUCUGCUAGCAACAACAAUGACAAUGAGAGCACCAAGGAGUCAGCAGACAUGUUCAAAAAGUCACCAAAGCCUUUAAAAGAAAAGACUAAAUCUCAAGAUCUUCUGGAUAUUGAUUUUUCUGCUAGCAACAACAAUGACAAUGAGAGCACCAAGGAGUCAGCAGACAUGUUCAAAAAGUCACCAAAGCCUUUAAAAGAAAAGACUAAAUCUCAAUAUCGUGAAAAAGAGAAGUUAGAAGGCUCCAAAGAAAACCUUGCAGAGAAACACAAAUCCAAACAGAGUGGCUUCAGUGCUUUGAUAAACACCUUCUCCUUUGACAACCAGGGAAAGGACAAUACAGACGCUGAUGUAGAGGAGACAUUGGACAAUGCAGAGAACCAGGCCAGCCACAAACAGAGCAAGCUAGCAGGAGUGAUGGCCAAACUGAAUCCCUUUAAAAAUGAAAAUAAAGAGAAGCAGAGUGACUCCAGCGAUGAGGACACGGCCACGAGCAGUGACAAGACAUCCUCUCACAAACAGAAAGAGACAAAAGACACAGACACACUCAAAGAAGCUGAGAAACAAAUGGAGGGUAAACCGAAAGCUCUCAAAAACAACGUGGACAGAGAGAGGAACCAGAGAAGUGAAAUUCCGCCAGUUCCACCUCGACUCACUCCGAAGGAGAAGAGCGGCACACCAGUGCAGGACAAAGUGAAGACAAAAGCAUCUGAGGGCGCUCAGGAGGAGAAGUUAUCAGGCUCCAAAGAAAACCUCACAGACAAACCUAAAGUCAGACAGAAGGGCUUCAGUGCCAUGAUGAAGAGCACCUUCUACUCCGACAAGCAGGAGAACGCUGAUGUUGGGGAUACAUUAGACAAGGCAGAGGACCAGGCCAGCAACAAACAGAGUAAAUUUGCUGAAGCGAUGACCAUAAUGAAUCCAUUUAAAUAUGCACACAAAGACAAGCGAAGUGAUUCCAGUGACGAGGACGCACCCACUGACAAGUCAUCCAGCCACAAACAGGCCAAUAAGGACAUGCUGUCUGGAAAGAAACCUGACAAAGAAGCUCCAAAAAUUCCUUCCCAAAAGCCCCUGAUGAAGGAGUUGAGGAACAGAGCUGCCAACACGUGUGUGCAGGAGAACCAGCAGCAGAGCCAAUCAGACGAAGAGACCCUGAAGGACAAAGCAACACGCCAACAGGGGGACGAGGUGACACCAGCGGAGAGCAAACCGAACAAGAAAAAAACAAAGCACCUCUACCCGUUAUUGCAGCAAGCUGCUGCCCAGCCUCCAUCAGACGACGAAGGACUGAAAGACGAAAAAGAGAAAGGCGACGAGUCCAGACAGGAGCUUGAGAAGGAUGGCACUAACAAACCAGAAGAGGUCAAAGUCAAGAAGCCCAAGCGACACAAUCCCUUCAUGCCUCGCGUCAAGACCAAAGUGACCCAGAGAAAAACACAAGAUGAAGAGAACGAAGGUGCAAACUUACCUCUGUUUGAUCGACUGGACGAGUUCCGUGUCGACACACUGCAGCCUGAGGACAUACAGGAUAUGGAAGGUCUCAUGGAAUGGUGGAACACUGUGGAGUCUUGGGAGGACACGCCUCAGGAUGAAGACAUGACAGAGAAAGAAGAGGCUAAAGCGUUUGCUGUGACGGCGGAGAAGGUGCAGAAGGGCAUCCGCGUUUUCAACAAGCUCUUCUCGGAGCGCGCGGAGAGCCUUUGGCAGCACGUCAUGGACCUGCGCGCCAUCGCCGACACCCUGGAUAAGUUCAGCAAGAACACCAAGAUCGCUCAAAUUACUGGCGGCUCCACCAGCGCCAUCGGAGGGGUGGCCACCAUCACCGGCUUGGCUUUGGCGCCCGUCACCUUUGGGACCUCCCUGAUCGUGACAGCGGUGGGCCUGGGCGUGGCCGCGGCAGGCGGGCUCACCUCGGCGGGGGCCGGCAUCUCCAACCAGGUGAACAACUCCAUGGACCGUAAGAAGGUUGAGAAGAUAGUGAAGGACUAUGAGGAAAAGAUGGUGGACCUCAACAAGUGCCUAAUGUUCAUCAAGCAGGGGAUUGAGAAUCUGCGGCGUUUCGACCUCAUCAAGAUGAAGAACAACGCCUACAACCGCGACUUCCCCGCGCUCACCUCCAGCUUUUACGAGGACGGCGCCAUGGCAGGCAAGGCCAUCCUCAUCAACGCCAACGAAAUCAUGCGCGUGGUGCAGAUCGCCAACGUGGCCGGCAGCACGGCGGCCAGGGCGGUCCAGAUCGCCAGCAUGGCCACGGGGGUCCUGACAGGACUCUUCGUGGCCAUGGACAUCUACUUCGUGGCCAAGGACUCCAAAGAACUAAAGAAGGGCGCCAAGUCCGAGUUUGCCAGCAAGAUCAGGGAUGUGGCAGAGCAGCUCAGCAAUGGCCUGGUGGAGCUCAACACCAUACGGGAUGAGCUAAAGGGCACCACACCACAGGACAACCAAGAGGACAACACCGCCUUGGACAAGAAGAAGUACGACUAUGACGAUUCGGAAGAAGACGAAAUUGACCGCAUCAAAAAAGCCUACAAGAAGGAUCUCGACAACAGAGAAUACGUGUGAGAGAACACCUUCAACCUUGGUCUCAUUAGAUGGUGCUUGUUGCCGAGGAUGGCCGCCUUACAACACAAUACCUUCAAGUACAAAUAUAUCUUGCUACUUCCUCUCAUACCAGCAAGAACCAGACUCGUUUUGGAGGAUAAUAACAUGAAUCUUCCCAGAAUUCCUCAUCUUCUACAGCAACAUUUUUUUGUCAUCUAAGCUUGUCGAACAAGAGGAGCCGCAGAUUCAGGAUCACUCGCCCAACGUUUCCGGGAGGAAUGGAGAAAUGUGGCCUUUAUGAAUUGAAACUAAUCUACAAAACGCAUAUAAAAGUAUGUUUGCUGAUUGAAUGUGAGAGCAAAGUUACAUUCAUUUUAUGAUGAUAUAUUUGACACUUUAUGCCUUUUAAUAUUGUCUAGUGGCAUAAUCACUUGCAGGAAUUAGUAUCAACCCUAUUUGAUUCCACAUUUAUGCUAAUUACUGUUUUAAAAACACUUUUAAGUGCAUUUUUGUUUCCGUAAAACUGGAGGAUUUAAAAACCAAUCAAGCUAGCGUUAGUGCUGACAUACGGAAACACUCGCUGGAUGUAAAUAGAUUUAGUAUUUCUUUGUAGAAAACAAUAUUUUUUGGUAUUAAUAUUCUUUUUGGUUUCAUGUUGACAUAGCAAGAAUGCCUUGACAUUGUUUGCACUGGAUAAUAUAUAUCCUCUAUGCAGGAUUUAUUUAAUGAACUUUCUAUUUAUUUUGUUGUCUUCUGGGCGGAGUUAAUACAUUAUUUUGCAAUAAACGUGUAAUAUAUUUUAAAGAUGACAAUAAAGGCCAUAUAACUUUUUA